AUCUCGUCCCCGCCAGGCCUGUCCUGUUGCCUCUGUCGCGCGUUGCGGGCUUGCUCGGGACCCCCCGCCCUUGCACCUCCCACGCGGCGGCCCGGCCGGUGACCGGCGGUAGCAUUUCCCCGGAGCUGCAGCCCCCGCCUGGGGGGAUGGGCGCAACCACGCCGGAUGGACGAGAAGACCAAGAAAGCCGAGGAGAUGGCCCUGAAACUCGCCCGAGCAGUGGCAGGCGGGGAUGAACAGGUGGCUAUGCAGUGUGCCACCUGGCUGGCAGAGCAACGAAUGCCCCUGGUUGUGAAACUGAAGCCUGAGGUCUCCCCAACAAAGGACAUCAGGCUGUGGGUGAGCGUGGAGGAUGCUCAGAUGCACACUGUCACCAUCUGGCUCACGGUGCGCCCUGAUAUGACGGUGGCGUCCCUUAAGGACAUGGUGUUCCUGGACUACGGCUUCCCGCCAAGCCUGCAGCAGUGGGUGAUAGGGCAGCGGCUGGCCCGGGACCAGGAGACCCUGCACUCCCAUGGGGUGCGGCGGCACGGCGACAGCGCCUACCUCUACCUGCUGUCGGCCUGCAACACCUCGCUCAACCCUCAGGAGCUGCAGCGUGAGCGGCAGCUGCGGAUGCUGGAAGAUCUGGGCUUCAAGGACCUCACGCUGCAGCCACGGGGACCCCUGGAGCCGGCCCCCCCGAAGCCCGGGGCCCCCCAGGAGCCGAGGCCGGGACAGCCCGCCACCGCGCCGGAGCCCCCGCCGGUGGGCUGGCAGUGCCCCGGCUGCACCUUCAUCAACAAGCCCACGCGGCCCGGCUGCGAGAUGUGCUGCCGCGCGCGGCCCGAGGCCUACCAGGUCCCCGCCUCGUACCAGCCCGAUGAGGAGGAGCGAGCUCGCUUGGCCGGCGAGGAGGAGGCGCUGCGCCAGUACCAGCAGCGGAAGCAGCAGCAGCAGGAGGGGAACUACCUGCAGCACGUCCAGCUGGACCAGAGGAGCCUGGUGCUGAACACCGAGCCCACCGAGUGCCCCGUGUGCUACUCGGUGCUGGGGCCCGGCGAGGCCGUGGUGCUGCGGGAGUGUCUGCACACCUUCUGCAGGGAGUGUCUGCAGGGCACCAUCCUCAACAGCCAGGAGGCCGAGGUCGCCUGCCCCUUCAUUGACAACACCUACUCAUGCUCGGGCAAGCUGCUGGAGAGGGAGAUCCGGGCGCUGCUGACCCCAGAGGAUUACCAGCGAUUUCUGGACCUGGGCGUCUCCAUCGCUGAAAACCGCAGUGCCUUCAGCUACCACUGCAAGACCCCCGACUGCAAGGGAUGGUGCUUCUUUGAGGACGACGUCAACGAGUUCACCUGCCCCGUGUGUUCCCACGUCAACUGCCUGCUCUGCAAGGCCAUCCACGAGCAGAUGAACUGCAAGGAGUACCAGGAUGACCUGGCCCUGCGGGCUCACAACGAUGUAGCCGCCCGGCAGACGACGGAGAUGCUACAGUCGAUGCUGCAGCAGGGCGAGGCCAUGCACUGCCCGCAGUGCCAGAUCGUGGUGCAGAAGAAGGACGGCUGUGACUGGAUCCGCUGCACCGUCUGCCACACCGAGAUUUGCUGGGUCACCAAGGGCCCGCGCUGGGGCCCCCGGGGCCCAGGAGACACCAGUGGGGGCUGCCGCUGCCGGGUGAAUGGGAUUCCUUGCCAUCCCAGCUGUCAGAACUGCCACUGAGCUGAGGAUGGCCCGGUCCCCAUGCUGACCCCAGGCCCACAUUCGCAAGCUGCUGUGGGACAGGGCAGGUGCUUUGGCUCUGAUUUCUGGCCUGGGAGACACCUUUGUCCUUGGCUGAGACAGGGGUCCUGCAGAGGCCAAGGCCCCUGAGCUGCGUGGACGGGUGUUUGCUGUGGGUGUGGCUGGGCCCCGCCCGAGCUGGCUGUUGUCCAGGGCUGCACCUGCCCCAGUGCAUUUGCCCUUCCCCUGGGGCUUGCCCGCCAGACCUCGCAUCUUUUCUCUUUGGCUCCCACCUCUGCCCGACCCAGCCUUAAACACAGCCCUGGCCAGAGGCCUUCCUGAAUGGAGUCUCAGAGAGCCCUGCCUGAGUCCACACUCCCCCAUCCUCUGCCACCGUCUACUGGCCGCUGUGCUCACAGCCUACCACUUCGCCUGUCAGCUUUCUGGGGUGACUUUUCUCUGUCUUUGCUGUCGGAGGCCUGGGGUCUCUUAGAAUUGCUGCUAAUCCUGUUCAGAGCCAGGAGGGAGACCUGGCAGUUUCUAAAGCACAGCCCAUGUGGUCCAGCUUCCGCAUCUCCCUCUUUGCCGCCAGUGUAAGCUAAUUAAAAUGUUUUUGCAGGAA